AAUUUCUUUUCAACAUCGUUAUACUAAGUGACGUCUGCAAUUAAACUAGGCCGACGGAUCCAGCCUCCGGUGAACCAGCCGGCACUUUCUCCCGUCGAAUCAAAUCGCCGGCAACUUCACUGCCCUCACAGCACAGGGUGCAUUUUGAAGAAGGUGAAUGCUUAAAUUCAUCAUUCUUUUUAGUGGAAAAAUAUAUCUUGAGCUGAUGAAAGUUGUGUCACUUCACCACCAUGUAUAAGCUGGUGCAAGCUGAUUGAGUUGUUUUCAAUACAGCUUUUAGCUUGAAUAUUCUGAGCGACCCCCUUUUUGUCGACUGAGUAGCUUUAGCUUUACAGGAAAUUCAUUUACUGGAUGUAAUUCUGCAAAAGAAAAAUAAAAGAAAUAAUGGAUGAUCGGAUUGUUCUUGACAAGGGUCAGAAAAGGCAGUUGCCUCAGUGGAUGUUUGCUACAUCUGCUGCUGAUCAAGUGAAGAAAAAAGUCAAAACCGAUCAUGUAGACAGUAAUAAUAAUAAUACAGAGGAGGAAAUUGUCACACAGAAGCGCAGCAGGUUGAAAAACAGAAAGACUAAGGACAAAAAGGAAGCAUUCACUGGGGAAUCUUCCACAAAGAUUUCAGUAUGCCAGACAACAAAAAGAAGCAGAAGAAAGUUAAACCUACCAAAUGAUGAUUGUAAUGAUGAAAGCGGUUUAAUGGGGAGUGAACGUGACCGGAUGAAGGUAAAUGGUAAUGGAACGUUGCCUAUGUUGAGAAGACAGAAACAAAAAACGAAGAAUUCCAAGAUUGAGGGAGGUGAGAUGGAAGAGUCAAAAACAAAAGCAAGUGAUAGAAGUGGCUUAAGGAAGAGAAAAUGCAGCAGCGUGAAGGAUAAUUCUAAUGAAGCUGGCCCUAGUUUAAGGAGGCAGAAACUGAAAGUAAAAACUUCCAGGAAGGAGAAUUGUGCCGAUGUUGAAGAGUCAACACCAAAAACAGAUGAUGAGGAUUUGACUGUUGAAGAUCUACUGAGCAUAGCGGAAGAGUAUGCUGGGGAUUCUGAUGAAGAUUUGACUGUUGAAGAUUUACUGUGCAUUGCUAAGGAGUAUGUGAAUGAGAAUGAGCAAGCUGCAUCAGGCAAAGGAAAAAGUGGUCCAGUGGAGGAUGUUAUUUCCAUGUCAACAGGCUCGUUAAAUUGCAGUGAAUUGGACAAUCAAUCUUUGAGAAGAGACGAAAGACAUUCUGAUAGUAUUCCAAUUACAGAGACAAGAGUUGAAGAUGCUCCUCCUAAGGUUAACAUGUCCGAGAAUCCUACUCAAGACAUGUUAGAUGUGUUUUUGGGCCCUUUGUUGAAGAAAACUCAUGAGGAGAAGAGAGUUGAACUAGUUAGAGAAGACAUGAUGAGUUUAGCUCACGAUCUAAACAAGAAAAACCAGAGCGAUCCUUCUGAGGGUCACCCAGUUUUGGUAAAGAAGAAGAGUAGUCUCAAGGACAAGGUAGCUCUGCUUCUUGACUAAUAGUUGUGAAGGUAAUUAGGUAGAGGAUUUGGAAGAAUAAACUUGAUCAAAUAUAAUUUAUCUAAUUUCACCCAAGCACUCACUUGUUUACUUAUAAAUCCCACGACAGAGUAUUUGUUUA